AUGGUUGCUCAAGGACUUGAUAAGCGUCCAUUGAAAGAGUUGGUAGCUGAGAUUAGUAGUCGCAAAUUCAAUUGUGUUCGAUUGACGUGGUCUGUCCAUAUGUUUACUCGUUAUGCAUAUGAGACUAUUGGUGAUGUCUUUGACGGUCUAGAUAUUGCUGAUGUAAAAAAUGGAGUUAAAAAGCACAAUCCUGAAAUAUUGAAAAUGACGGUUGCUAAGGCGUUUCAAACUGUCAUUAAUGCUUUGGGCUCGGAGAAAAUUAUGGUUAUUUUAGAUAAUCAUAUUAGCCAACCAAGAUGGUGUUGCUCUCUCGAUGAUGGAAAUGGGUUCUUUGGAGAUUGCAAUUUUAACCCGAGUGAAUGGCUUCAAGGCCUGUCAUUUGUUGCCGUGCAAUUCACAUGCAAUCCAUAUGUGAUAGGAAUGAGUUUAAGAAACGAGCUUCGAGGGUCAUUAUCAAAUGCUGAUGCUUGGUGUUAUUAUGUGAGACAAGGAAGCCAACUGAUCCAUAGAAUAAACCCUAAUCUCCUUGUAGUCAUUUCUGGACUAAACUAUGACAAUGAUCUAAGCCAUCUAAAGAAAAGGCCUCUAGGCUACACUUUACACAACAAAGUAGUGUUGGAGGCACAUCUCUACUCGUUCAGUGGAGAUCAUGAAAGCAAGUUCACAAAGAAUCCAUUAAAUAUAAUAUGCGACCAAAUCAUGGAGAAGUUUGAAAAGGAAGCUGGGUUUGUGGUGGACAUGGAGAAUCCAUAUCCUUUGUUCCUUAGUGAAUUCGGGUACGAUCAAUCGGGUGGAAAUGACGCUCAAAAUCGAUUCAUGAGCUGCUUUUUAGCUCGAAUUGUAGAGAAGGAUAUUGAUUGGGCGUUGUGGGCUUUCCAAGGAAGUUAUAUGUAUAGACAAGGACAUCAAGAUAUUGAAGAAAGUUUUGGUGUUAUGGAUUACUCUUGGACUAAAGAUCGUAACCCUAAACUUCAACAAUUACUUCAACUUGCCAAGAGAAUCAACCAAGAUCCAAAUUCAAAAGCACCAAUGUCAUACAUAAUGCUACAUCCAGCAUCGGGACAAUGUGUUAAGUCCAAUAGCAACGGAGAAGCUGAACUUGGUGAUUGUACAGCUCCGACCCAAUGGAACCAUAGUGGAGAUGCAAGUUUGAUGAAGUCGUCAAGCGGGAAAUGUUUGAAGUCUGCUGGAGAUGGGAAGUCGCCAGUGGUAUCCGAUGAUUGCUCCGGUGAUGGAAGCAAUUGGACGGUGGCUUCCAAAGCAAAGCUUCAAUUGGCCACCAAAAUUGGUGAAGACAAUUUUUGCCUGGAAAAGGAAUCUGAUACUUCAAUCGUUGUGAAGAAAUGCAUUUGCCUAGAUGAGGGGAGCUGCAUGGAUGACCCUCAAAGCCAAUGGUUCAAGCUUAUUCCAACCAAUGUUGCUUAG